AUGGAAAAAAAGAAGUUCGCCGUGAUCGGUGGAGGUUGGUCUGGUCUAUAUGCUUUGAAAUACUUGUUGGAAGAAAAACUUGAUGCUCGACUCUAUGAACGUGAAUCAAAUCUUGGUGGAGUAUGGCUUUACAAAGAACGAAAAGGUGGUGUUUAUCAGUCGACACAUGUUACUUCAUCAAAAACAUAUCUUCAUGCCUCCGAUUUUCCUCUACCUGACGAAACACCUCAUUUUCCAAAACAUGAUCAAGUACUUGAGUAUUUAAAUUCCUAUGCUAAGCAUUUCAAUUUAUGGUCUUAUAUGCAUUUCGAAUAUGAUAUCAUUAAAGUCGACAAAGGACGAGAUGAUCAAUGGCAAGUGACAUUUCAAUGUGAUGGAAAAGAAAUAAAAGAAGAUUUUGAUGGAUUGGUAAUAACCACCGGACAACAUCAAACAGCUAAUGAUCUUCAUCAUGUUGAACCAUUCGAUCGGUUCACAGGAACUACAUCACACAGUAUUUCAUAUAAGAAACCUGAUGAUAAAAUUCAUCGUGAUAAAACAAUUCUGAUUGUUGGUGGAGGUGAAACGGCUAGUGAUUUGGCUGUUGAACUUUCGACAGUUGCUCGUCGAGUUUACAUGAGUAUUCGAGAUGGUCAAUGGUUUCAAGAAAGUCUUUUUGGAGAUCAACCAGCUGACAUUCUUUUUCCCAAAUCAUUCGGAUUCUUUGGUUUAUACAACAACAUAUUGACUAAAAUCGGAUGGACACUAUUUAUUCGACCUUUCUGGGGCGAAGGUGGAACAGGUAUUGCGGAAUGGAAACCUCGAUGUCAACUUUUCCAUGGUUUCAUUAAUAAAAGUCGAGGAGUCGUCAAUAAAGUAGCAUCAGGAAUGGUUAUACCAAAGAGACAGAUUAACAGCAUUAAGGAACAGUUAGUAACCUUUGAUAAUGAGGAAAAACCGGUACAUAUUGAUCAUAUUCUAUUUUGUACUGGUUAUCGAUGGUUUCAUUCAUUUUUCAAUGACAAUUUCAGAAAAGAAACCAAGAUUGAAUGUCUUUAUCAACUAAUCUUUCCUGUCAAUCUUCCUAAUCUUGCUUUUGUUGGAAGUACUCGACCUGUAUUUGGUUCAAUUCCAUCGCUUGCCGAAUUGCAAGCUCGUCGUGUUGCUCAAGUCUUUUCCGGCAGAGAUUGUCUUCCUUCACCAACAAAUAUGUCUAUAUGGCUACAAAAAUACUGGAAACGACAUGCUCAAUUAUAUCCAUACGAAGGACGUCUUCAACAACUUGUCAAUCAAUUUGAGUAUAGUGAUUUCUUAGCUAAUCAACUCAAAGUCAAACCUCGUUUAUGGAAGUUAUUUUUUUCCCAACCUCAAAAAUGGUACACUAUUUAUUUUCAAAGUCCCUGGACUCCUUUUCUUUUUCGUAUGAAUGCAAUUGAAACCAAUGAUGAAAAAUUAGCCUAUUCAAGACAUCUGAAAUGUAUUCCUCGACGAGAUCAAAGAUCUCUAUUAAUUAAAUAA